AUGGCCACAUCCAGCCAGUCACCUUGUAGGGCUGCCAGCUGCUCUUCUGGUGGCUCCCAGUCUCGGUGCUGCCCCUCCUCCUGCAGCUUGGCCUGCUGUGUGCCCAGCUCCUGCCAGGCAGUCAGCUGUGUGCCCAUGAGCUGCAAGCCAGUCCUAGGCAUGGUCCCCACCUGCCAGUCUUCUUCCUGCUGUCAACCCUCCUGCUCCACCCUUGUCUGCACACCUGCCUCCUGUGGCACCUUUGCCUGCUGCUGA